AAUCACUAAACCUGAACAAAACUUCUAUAAAAUAGAUCAAUUUUUCUAGUUUUUACAUAGUUAAAUCGUACUUAAAGUGUUCAAUAUCACCAACUUAAGCAUAUUAGUUUAAAUGUUGUUUUUUGUGCAAAAAAAGUCAUCCAAAAUGUACAUAACCAUCGGUUGGCACUCCUGAAAUAUCUAACCAGAUUAAUUGUGAGGUUAGUUUUCCGAUUUGUUUAAAAUGUGAUGGAAGGACCAUCGGGCGCUCCACCGCGAAAACCGAAGCCCCACACCGAUCACAUUUUGCGUAAGAGACAGUCCCAGAAACCCCAAUUGGGCAAGACGGUGAUUUACGUCAACACGAAGACUCCAAUCAAGGCGUUUCUUGAGCGUUGUUCGAAGUUAAUCAGCGAGGGGGAGAAGGAAAUCACAAUUUAUUGUCUGGGGGCUGCCAUUCAAAGGGGCACCUUGUUGGCGUUGAAACUGUGUGAGGAGCAUGUGGGGUUUCAGAUUCACACAAACACUUUCACGACGGAAUUAAUCGAUGAUUUGGAGCCGGCCACUGAUGAUGCGGAUUACGCCCUCCAACGGAGAUUUAAUUCAGCUCUGAAAAUAACAGUUUCUAAACCGGAUUUGCUAUAAUGUUUUUCACAUUGGCUGAAAUCGUGCGGUGGUUGGGACUCACAGUUUUCGAAAUUUGGAUCAACUUAAUCUCGUUUUUAAUUUUUACGAUUAUUUUAGCCGUGAAAUAUGACCCUAAUGUCGAUAUUUAUAGUAAUAACUGGUGGAUGAU